AAGGGGGGUUUUCAGUUGCCAGUUAGCUGGCAAUCGCAAAGGUUUACUCGAUUACCGCAACUCAGUUGAAAAACUCCUCAAGGAGUCGCGUAGCAAAACGUUAGAAAACAUUGUUUUGAAAUGUCCAAUUAGAUGUUUGUUAGUGUGUUGAAAUUUUUGUGUUUUAUGAGAAAAUUAUAGUGGAAACUCAAAACUAAAAGCAGACAUAAAAACUUAUUUAACAAUUUUUAAACUGUUUAAGAAAAAAGAAAAAACAAUACAAAAAUGGAAACUACAAUUGUUACCACAACAACAACCACAACCGAACUGAAAUGCAUUAUUCGCGGCAGUAAAAAGAAAGAUAUUGAUGGCCAACCGGUUACGGAUACAACGGAUGCAUCGCAUCAGUUUCCGUCCAACGAGGAGCCCAAUAUUCUGGGCCAUGGACCGCAAUACGACGAGAAAUUGUCCAAAUUCAAAUGGCUCUGCAAUUUCGAUGAUGCCCCCAGCCACUUGAAGUUCAACCCUUACAUCCGUCGCGGAUACCGCACAUUCCUGUCCAACAAGCUGUGCCUGCAGAGCAUUUUCUGGUGGACCAAUGAGACAAUCAACAUCUGGAGCCAUUUGGCUGGUUGCAUCCUGUUCAUUGGCCUGACGAUCUUCGACCUGCAAUUCCUUCGCCUACACGCCUCCUUGAGUGAUCAAAUCCUGGUGGUCUGCCUGCUAGUUUGCUUCUGUCUUUGCAUGCUGAUGUCCGCCAUAUACCAUAUAUUCUCCUGUAAAUCGGAGGAGCAUUACGAAAUCUUCCUAUCGGUUGACUUUCUGGGCAUCUCCCUCUCCCUGGUGGCCAUCUAUAUCAGUGGAAUGUACUAUGCCUUCUGGUGUCAUACUUUCCUGCGUACCCUGUACUCAACGAUUGCCUUGGGGAUGUUCGGCCUGGCCAUUGCUGUGCAGAUUCCAAGACUGAAUGUGUCCAUGAAUGCCAAGGUGUCGGUUCUGCUGCUGUGGUCUGCUUAUGGAAUCAUUCCGCUGGGUCAUUGGGCAGUGGCGAUGGGUGGUUUGGAGAACGAGCUAGUCAGGCUUAUGGUGCCCCGCAUUGUGGUCAUGUACUUGCUCUGCCUCGUCGCCUUCGUUUUCUAUGCCGCCAAAAUCCCGGAGCGCUGGUUCACCGGAAAGGUGGACUUUGUGGGUCACUCCCAUAACUGGUGGCACCUGAUCAUUGUGGCAGCCUUCUAUCACUGGCACAACACUGGACUGGUCUAUGCCGAAUAUCGUCUGAAUAAUGGCUGCAGUGCCCCCGUUCUAGCCUGAGAUUUGAGAUCAUAAAUCUAAGAUUAAGGAUCAAAUGAUCUUAAGAUCUGAGGAGCCAAAAGUGGAACCGGGACUCUAGUAGACUCUAGCAUAGUGUAAAUAGUUUAUGGGGCGCUCUUGAUCCGCUACUAACUAAUAUUUAGUUGUAGUUUGUUGACCGAUAUGAUUAAUUUAUGUGUAAUUUACCAAUUAGUUAGGGUUUUUUUCGUGUUAGUCAAUCCAAAUGAGAGUUGGCAUCGCACGUUGGCUGGACGGUUUCUCUCUUUAUUUCCUAAUUCAUUUCAUUUUAUUAUAAACAAUGUCCUUGGAAUUGCAUGUGUCUUGAGCUGAAGCUGUGUUAGUCUUGUUGACUCGAUUUUUACAAUUACUUUAAAUGCAAAUACAAUAUCAAAAGUACAAAACAAAA